UUUGAGUGUAAGGGAGAAGCGUGUGGUCAUUUGUGCUACACCAUGAGCCUGUUUCUGCUGAUAAUCCUGAGUGUCCUGCAGACGGGGAGCUCUCAAGGCAAACAUCUGUUCGUGCAGACAGGAAGUCAAGUCACACUGGAUAUUCCUUAUGCUCCAGAAGAUGACGAGUUUUUGAGCUGGACAUUUAAUGAUGUUGUUUUAGUUAACAGUGAUAGAUAUUCCUCUAAAGCUGAGUGUAGGAAGUGUGUGUUUCAUCGACAGAACGGCUCUCUGACUCUACAGAACCUACAGAAGGAAGAUGGUGGACUUUAUACAGCCAGUGUAGACAAAAAGUCAGAAGAUCACAUUUCACUAAUUCAUUAUAAAUUCCUCGUAAAAGUCCUUGAUUCUGUGGUCAAAGAUUUAACAACAGAUUUAACAACAACAACAUAUGUUCAACAAGUUUCUGCAGAAGUACCAGGUGUAAGUAAACAGAAAGUGAUUCUUGAGAUUAACCAAGAUCUACAGCUGGAAUUCCCAGAAAGUUAUAGAGGGGGCAAUACAUUAGUCCUGUGGAAAUACAACGGUUACAACAUCAUACGGUCAUUUGGAAAUAGAACCACCAUAAAUGCAGAUUACAAAGACAGAGUCGACUUUUCUCCACUAAACCUGACUCUGAUUGUGAAAAAUGUCCAAGUCAACGACAGUGGGAUCUACUCGUCAAGGGUUUGCAGCGCUGUCAACAAAGCAAACGACCCAGUGUCUCCAGUGGAGCUGAGUGUGUCCUCUGUGUCCAGCAGCUCAGAGUCGUGUAACUUCACUGUGAGCUGCACAACUGAACUGUACAACAUCAGCCGCUCUUUCACCUGUGACACACACAACUGUGAGGAGCAAACACCACAAACAUAUGGACACGCCAACUUUGGAUACUCCUCUCUGCACCUUUACCUGUCCAACCAGUCAAUAAUAUGUAACCAUAGCAACCACAUCAGCUGGACCACGGACACCAAAGACACACUUCAAAGGUGCAUCAGAAGUGAGACGGGUCCAGAGGAGGUGCUGGGGUGGAGUGUGUGCAUGAUGAAGACUCUGGUGUAUUGUGUGGGACUGCUGCUCAUGCUGUCAGCUCUCAUCACUGUACAUGUGCUGGAACACAGGACCAAACAGGACUGA